AUGAUGUUACUUCAUGUGCCAAGCCACGGAAAAAGAGGUUAUUUGCUAGGGAAGGUGGUUGAAGUGGAGGAGGACUCUCCAGGCUUUUAUUCACAGUGUAUCGAGGACUCCGUUGUUAAAGGAUGGUUGAUAAAAACCAUGGAAACAUAUUUGGUAGAAUUAUUCUUGGAUCUGCCAACCGCUAAGGAUGUCUGGGAGAGUGCAGCCCAGAUGUAUUAUGAUGUGUCUGAUGAGUCGUAG